UCUAUGGAACCUGAUUUCGAUUUCUAUACGGGCUGAACUAGAAUCUACCGUGGAAUUGGUAUUUUUGGGUGGAGGUAUUGGUGCGUGCAAUAGUGGAUUUGAUGACUUGAAGUGACGUUGCACAAUCAUUCAAGUACAGGAUACGUCUAAACAGUGAACUCUUUUUUCCUUCAGUUGACAUUUCUCUGUUAACUCUGUUGUGGAGGUUGAUCUUGGUUGGAUAAAGCUGUCGACGAAAAUGUCAGCCGUGCCCGAGAAUGCCCCUGAUCAUUGCCCAGGCACCGACAGCGAUGCCGCUGGGAAAGCCGAUGCUUGUCAAGGGUGCCCCAAUCAGUCAAUUUGUUCCGUUCUGCCCAAAGGACCUGACCCGGCUGUUGAAGAAAUUAAGCAAAAACUAAAGAAUGUGAAGCAUAAGGUUUUGGUGCUGUCGGGCAAGGGAGGUGUGGGGAAGAGCACAUUCACAGCACACCUGGCACAUGCCCUGGGAGCACACGAGAACAGCCAGAUCGGUGUGCUGGACGUGGACAUCUGUGGGCCGUCGUUGCCCCGUAUCAUGGGUGUGGACGGGGAGACGGUUCACCAGAGUGGCUCGGGAUGGUCCCCGGUUUACGUCACGGACAACGUGUCUAUGAUGUCUGUGGGAUUUCUGCUCGGCUCCCCCGAGGACGCGGUUAUUUGGCGCGGGGCCAAAAAGUCCGGUCUGAUCAAACAGUUCCUGCGCGAUGUGGACUGGGAGGACCUUGACUUCCUGGUGGUGGACACGCCCCCGGGCACCUCAGACGAGCAUCUCUCGCUGGUCCAGUUCCUGGACGGGGCCGGCAUCGACGGGGCCAUCAUCGUCACCACGCCACAGGAAGUGGCGCUGGCGGACGUCAGGAAAGAAAUCAGCUUCUGUCGCAAAGUGUCGCUGCCAGUGGUCGGAGUUGUGGAGAACAUGGGUGACUUUAUUUGCCCUCACUGCCAUAAAUCAUCGACGAUUUUCCCGCCCACCAGCGGAGGCGCUGUCAAGAUGGCGGAGAGCCAGGGCGUGAACUUUCUGGGCACUCUGCCGCUGGACCCACGCAUCGCGCGCUGCUGCGAUGAAGGGAAGAACUUCAUCGAGGAGCUGGACGGCACGCCGGCUGUGGUCGCUUUCAAGGACAUUGUCAACAAAAUUGUCGACUUUUGCGUGACGGCAAAGAAAAAUCGGGAACAGGAGACAGGGGAGUCCAUGAUGGAAAUCUAGGAGAUUGUGCAAUUGUGAACAUUAUGUGAAAUCUAGGAGAUGGUGAUAAUGUGAACAUUAUGUGAAAUCUAGGAGAUGGUGAAAAUGUGAACAUUAUGUGAAAUCUAGGAGAUGGUGAUAAUGUGAACAUUAUGUGAGAAAUCUAGGAGAUGGUGAAAAUGUGAACAUUAUGUGGGAAAAACUUUGCUGAGUGUGGAGAAUGGUUAUGUUGCUGUCAUGUGCUGCCAAGUCUGUCUUGUGUUGGAGAUUCUGAAGGUGGAUAAGUCAAGUCUCCGGCUGUGGUUGUCUCAGGUUUAUUCAUCUUGCAGCUGAUCAAAAGGAUACAGAAUAUUUUUGUAAUAACGGUGCUUCAAAGUCACUGGUGAGGCUUCUUGUUGAAGUCAGGCUCUCGUCAUGAUCAUGAAAUGAAAGAAACCGAUAUUUCUCACCCGUUGGGUUAAUUUAAUUGUUAAUGAUGUGAAAAUGUACAUUUCAUCGACUGCUUGGUAAAAGAUUCCGCCAUACGCCAUUUUGAUAAACUGAGGUAUGACGGAGUGUGACACUGGGCAGUGGCGUUGUGUUUGUGUUUAUUUACAGUGCAGCCUCUCUAUAACGACAUCGUCGGGACCAGAAAAAAAGGUCGUUAUAGAGAGUUGUUGUUAAUAGAGUUAUAGAGAGUUGUUGUUAAUAGAGUUAUAGAGAGUUGUCGUUAUAGUUAUUUAUAGAGAGUUGUCGUUAUAAAUAGAGAGGCUACCGAAAAUCACUAUUGAUUUAUGAGGAAAAAA